AUGUAUGGCCAGAGGCAACCUGAAUGGCAAGGCCUAUUGCAAGACUCAGGAUCAAAACCGAUUGCAUCGCAACCAAGUCUGGAGGAAUAUUCAUCUCUCUGUCGCAGAUUCGUCACUCCAGCGAACGAUGGAUCUCAGUCUCUCCCAAGUUCCCGGUCUGAGACAAGUGACACCUACUUCUUCCCUGCUGAUAUGGAUAUAAUGGCAAACCGGAUUGAUGAUUCGUCUUUUGAUUCUCUAGCGCUUUCCGAUACAGACUCAUGCGCGUCACAGCUUCCCACCCCAGUCGACGACGAUUUUUUCACCCCAAAAGACAGUGUCGAGUCUCUCGCUGUUCAGGGCUGGACUGAUGAUUUCGACGAUGGUGAUAGCUUUCUAAUCUCUGGGGUCGUAUGGGAUCAAGCGUCGGGGCAGCAUCUCCUCACGGCACCACGUCAAGUUUCUCGAAAGUCGUUCUACGACUACUACUACCCGCCAUUGCAACCGAAUCACUGGCAAGAAUACUAUCGUGAACAAGAAAGGCUCAAUGUCAAAUCUGACAACAGAUUCUCGGGUAAGGCCUCUGUGGCAGCACCGUCUGACUCUGAACCCGGACCGAUUCCUCGCGUGGACCUUUCCGCAGCAUACAUCUCGUCAGAUGGUGUCGAGCAAAGCAAUGAGGUUGAGGAUCUGAACCCUGAUCCUGAAUGUGUAUACACGUUCGGCCCCCUCUAUGGAAAGGCUCGAGAUAGAGCGUAUGUUUUCGUCUUCUUUAGUGCCACAAAAAAUACAGCAAGAGCUCAAGAUAUAUCCACAGUAAGAAACGAAAAGAUCAGAAGAGUUGAAGAUUACAUUGUAUACCAGUCCGAGCUCAACAAUUGGAAGUAUAAAUGUAAAGAUUUGCAAACGAAAAUCGAUCAACUUGAGCAAAUCUACCAAGGAACAAGCAGAAUCAUGAAUCAACAUCAUAAAUUCCAAAAAGAGGAGUAUAAAAGGUUACAACAAAAAAUCGAGGUUUUAGAGGAUGAUUUGGAUGACGAAGAAGAAGAAACGAUGCUUGUCAUAGAACUGUUGAUUUCUAUUUUCGAAAAAGUUAUUCAAGCUUUCUACCAGUUCAAGCCCAGUGUAAACAUAGGCUAA